GUGACGAAAUCAAUCAUCGGUGGCGAAUCCCAACACCACCACCACCCCCCCACACACCAUCGCCAGUAAAAUCCAAACGACGAAGCUUCAAUCUCACUGACGACGCCAGGCAGAUCACGCGAAGCCCUCUGACCUUCGCCGGAUCCAGAUCCGGGAUCGGAAUCCACAGCGAUGGCAGGCUCAGCGGUGGGUGAUGCGGCCUCUUGGUCUCACGCGCUGGUGAAAAUCUCGCCCUACACGUUCUCCGCCGUUGGAAUCGCCGUCGCCAUCGGCGUGUCCGUCCUCGGCGCCGCCUGGGGGAUUUACAUCACCGGAAGCAGCUUGAUCGGUGCUGCAAUUAAGGCCCCGCGGAUUACUUCGAAGAAUCUCAUCAGUGUAAUCUUUUGCGAGGCUGUUGCCAUUUAUGGUGUCAUUGUGGCGAUUAUCUUACAAACCAAGUUGGAGAGCGUCCCUGCAUCAAAAAUUUAUGCGCCUGAGUCCCUUAGAGCAGGAUAUGCAAUCUUUGCCUCUGGGAUCAUUGUCGGCUUUGCAAACCUUGUUUGCGGGCUUUGUGUGGGAAUAAUUGGAAGCAGCUGUGCUCUCUCCGAUGCCCAGAACUCCUCACUCUUCGUGAAGAUUCUUGUGAUUGAGAUCUUUGGGAGUGCUCUCGGGUUGUUUGGCGUGAUUGUCGGGAUCAUCAUGUCAGCUCAAGCUACUUGGCCUUCAAAAACCGUGUAAAUUGUCAAUUCCCGAGCUGCCCCAUUGAGGAAUUCAUCAUAAUUUGUAUCCCUGCUAAACUCUGUAUUAGUUACUCUUUGUUAUGAGGUUGUAAGCCGGUUUGUGCUGCCUUCUGUCCAGUGUUAGACUGCCCCUUUUGCUAUAAUUGAGUAUAUCUUCUUAGCUGAAUUGUUUC